AUGAGCAGGAAGAGGAGAGAAGGAGGCGGCGGAGGAAGAGGCGGCGCUGCUGGCCCGGGCCCGGGGGACCAUCACGGCGGCGGCAAGGGGUCCGGGGCCCAUGCCGUGUCCAUGGACGGCGGCCUCCGCGAGGUGUCGGUCUCCGUCGUCUUCUCCAUCUGGUGCCUCCUCUUCCUCCUCCGGUCACAGUUCCUCCACAGCCAGACCGACGACCCGUCAGAUUUCUACGAGGAGCACGGCAUGCGCGACAGCUACUGCAAGGUGAGGCCGCUGGAGGCCUACGUCCUGCCGCACCAUGACGCGUCCCCUCCGACGUGCCAGACCCCCUACUCGCCGCCGCAAGAGGCCUCGCCUCCCGGGGCCCCGCCGCCACCGCCACCGUCCAACGCCAGCAACGCGCCGCCGCCGUCGUCGCCGCCCGAGGCGCCCUUCGUGGGCCUCAACGAGUUCCGGAGCCGGAUCAUGCAGGGCAAGGCCGAGCACAACGAAACCGGAGGUCGGCCCCGGCCCGCGGGCGGCGGCGGUUGCGCGCACCGCCUGGAGCCCAGCGGCGCCGAGUAUAACUACGCCGCGGCGUCCAAGGGCGCCAAGGUGCUCGCGCACAACAAGGAGGCCAAGGGCGCCGCCAACAUCCUGGGCGGCGACAAGGACAAGUACCUGCGCAACCCCUGCUCCGCCGACGACAAGUUCGUCGACGUCGAGCUCUCGGAGGAGACGCUCGUGGACACCGUCGCGCUGGCGAACCUGGAGCACUACUCCUCCACCUUCAGGGACUUCGAGGUGUACGGCAGCAUGACCUACCCGGCGGAGGUGUGGGAGCUGCUGGGGCGGUUCACCGCCGAGAACGCCAAGCACGCGCAGCGCUUCGUGCUGCCGGAGCCCCGGUGGACGCGCUACCUCCGCCUCCGCCUCGUCAGCCACUACGGCUCGGGGUUCUACUGCAUCCUCAGCUACCUCGAGGUCUACGGCGUCGACGCCGUCGAGCGGAUGCUCCAGGACCUGAUCGCCAGCGCCGGGCCCGACGCCGACGCCGCCAAGGACCACCGCGUCUCCUCCAUCGACGCCGCCAGCCGGGACGCCGGCCACAACAACGACUCCACCGCCCAGCAGGCGCGCCAGCAGGCCCAUGCCAGGCUGGACGGCGACGGCGGCGGGCGGAACGACAGCGCCGCGGGCGACGGCAAGAACAACGGCUCCAGGGCCGGCGCCGCCGGUGACGCGAAGCUGCCGCCGCAGGGCAAGGAGGCGAAACCGCCGCAGGUGGCGAUGGCGGCGGCGGCGGCGGCGGGGAGGGCCCACGGCGACGGCGUGCUGAAGAUCCUGAUGCAGAAGAUGCGGUCGCUGGAGCUGGGCCUGUCUACGCUGGAGGAGUAUACGAGGGAGCUGAACCAGCGGUACGGCGCCAAGCUGCCGGACCUGCAGAACGGGCUCUCGCAGACGGCGGCGACGCUCGAGAAGAUGAAGGCCGACGUGCACGACAUCGUCGAGUGGAAGGACGGCGUGGCCAAGGACCUGGACGAGCUCAAGAGCUGGAAAUCCAGCGUCUCCAGCAAGCUGGACGAUCUGAUCAGGGAGAACGAGGCCAUGAGGUGGAGCUUGGAGGAGAUGCGGGGCGUGCAGGAGACGCUGCAGAACAAGGAACUGGCGGUGCUGUCCAUCAGCCUCUUCUUCGCGUGCCUGGCGCUCUUCAAGCUGGCGUGCGACCGCGUGCUCUGCCUCUUCGCCGGCAAGGGCAAGGAGGAGGCGCCGGAGGCAGAGAGGGUGUGCGGGAGGAGCAGCAAGGCGUGGAUGCUCGUGCUCGCCAGCUGCAGCUUCACCACCCUCAUCGUCCUGCUCUACAACUGAAAACAUCCUAGGAGUUCUGCUUGCUAGCACGGGGCGCUACGUCCUUCAGCCUUGAUCUUGCCCUAGUAGCUCAUUAAGUCCGCUAAUUCUCUCAAGUAGAUGGGUCACUGGGCAGUGUAUGUACUCACUAUUCGGAAUAAAACGGGAACUCAGAACACAGGUUCCUUGUUCAUUGUAAAACCACCUCUAAUACACGUGUUCCUUAAUAAUAAUCCGGUCCCAAAACAAACGAA